UAUCGGCAACAGCGGGACGCAGGGGGGUAUAUAUGGGACGCUGGGCGCCACCAACCGGCACAGUCUCAGUCGCUCCGACUCGGGAACCAGUGCAUCAGCGCAGAUAGCAGGCUUUUCAUUCGCCCUCGUAAGCUAACUCGCUUUGGUCUUUGGUUCAGGAUGGACUCCUCUUCGAUUUCUCGAAGCCGACGAUGCUCCAUCGUACGGAACUGCACAAGCGGUCUCUCCCUCUGGCUGGUGGUGUGGCUGGUCCUCGGCAAGCCAAGUCCGGCAUCGGCGUGUCCGCCCUCGUGUGUGUGCUACCCGACGCCCAUGACCGUGAGCUGCCAGGCGCAGAACUUCACCGCCGUGCCGGUCGGAGUGCCCUAUGAGUCGCAGCGCGUAUUCCUCCAGAACAACCGGAUCACCGAACUCAGAGUCGGCUCGUUUAGCUUCGGGACUCAGGUCCUGUGGCUGUUCGCCAACAACAUCACGUGGAUCGAAGGAGGGGCCUUCAGUGAGCUGAGGGACUUGGAGGAAUUGGACUUGGGGGACAAUCCCAGCCUCCGCAGGCUGGAGAGGGGAGCCUUCCGUGGACUCGAGAAGCUCCAGAGCCUCCACAUGCACCGCUGCCGACUCAACGCCCUGCCCCACGACAUCUUCCACAAGCUUUAUAGCCUGCAGUUCCUCUACCUGCAGGAGAAUAACCUUCACUUCCUGCAGGACGACAUCUUCUCCGACCUCAUCAACCUGAGUCAGCUUUUCCUGCACGGCAACCGCAUCCGCACGCUGUCGGAGAACGUGUUCCGCGGACUCGUCAACCUCGACCGCCUCCUCCUGCACGACAACCGCGUGCGCCAGGUGAACCGCCGGGCCUUCCGCGACCUCGGCCGCCUCACCAUGCUCUUCCUCUUCAACAACUCCCUGGCCGAGCUACCCAGCCAGGCCCUGAGGGACACCCAGGGCAUCGAGUUCCUCCGCCUCAACGCCAACCCGUGGUCGUGCGGCUGCGAGGCCCGCGCCCUGUGGGAGUGGUUCCGCGAGGCCCGCGUGUCGUCCUCCGAGGUGAUCUGCGCCUCGCCCUCCGCCCGCCGCAACCAGGACCUCCGCUUCCUCCGCGAGAUGGACUUCGCCCUCUGCCCGUUGGCGGACCCCGGCUCCAUCGGCGGCUCCACCACCACCACCUUCAGCACCAAGACCCGCUGGUGGUUCCACAAGAACAAGCCCCAGUCGUCGACCAAGGGCCUCUUCGAAAAGUCCUCGGAGACCGUCAAGGCCGGCCUGUACGGGAAGGGCCCGUCCUCGACCACCUCGGUGGUCAAGUACGAGCUGGGGGAGGACGAGCUGGCGCUGCCCAAGCUCGACGCCGAAGAGUACUGGGUGAACUACGGCAACGAGGACUCCGGCGUCACGCUGCGCUGCGUGGAGCUCGAGUGUCCGCCCGAGUUCGACAUGCCUCCGUCUUCCUCCCCUCGGUCGCCCUCCUCUCCCUCCUCCCUCGCGCUGCUCGCCCUGUGCGUCUUCAGCCUCCACCUCCACCUGCUGUUCGGCUGAACUCUCAAAGGUCCCGGCGUGACCACUCCCCCUCCGCUCCAGCCUGUUGUAAAGGCUGCGAGGAGAUAUGAACCCGUUACUCGACACACACCCCCCUUUGCCCGUUA